AUGUCUGGAGAAAAGGAAGAAAAAAUGAGAAAAAUCCAUGUCGGCCAGGAUGAAUUUGCUGGUUUAAUUGGUGGCCUGGCUGGUAACUUUCUCCAAAAUCAAGUUGGUGGCAGUGCUGGACAAGUUCUUAGUGGAUUACUGCGUGAAGGUGGAAAUAAAAUAGAUCAAGGAGGUUUUAAUAUCGGAGAUAUGAUUGGCCAAUUUACUGGAGGUAAUACAAAAGGAAGUUAUGGUGGAGAGCGAAAUUAUGGAGGAGGCGAAAAUAUACCAAUGAAUAUUUUACGUGGAGGUGUUUUCGAGAUGCUUUCGGACAUGAUCGGUAAGGCGGCACAUCAUUUCCUUGGUGUUGAUCCGCAAACUGGUCGUAUUAUUGGAGCAGUUGCUGGUAACGUACUAUUCCAGAUGGGUGGUAAAGACAAUAGUCUAUCAAACAUCGGCAAAAUUGUCUUGGAUAAUAUCAUUUCAGGAAAAUUCCAUCGAAAGCUUACUUUAUUUGGCGUAAUUUGCUUAGAUUUAAUUCAUAUUAAAUAUUAUUUUCCUACCUUAGUUUUUAUAUUUCCGGUUGAUCCGUACGUUCCACGCGAUCCACAUCCAAUACCGCGUCCAGCAUCACCAGGUCGCAAGGCUCAAGCACUUGAUUUUUAUGAAGAGCGUGAUCGCUGUUUAAAGACUAACACUCUGUUCGAAGACCCCGAAUUUCCAGCUAAUGAUUCUAGUCUGUUUUAUAGCAGAAAACCACCAAAAUAUGUUAAGUGGCUCCGUCCUGGAGAAAUAGUCCAUGAGCCAACUUUAAUUGCUGAAGGACAAAGUCGCUUUGACGUGAUUCAAGGUGAACUUGGUGACUGCUGGCUUAUGGCUGGAGCUGCAAGCUUGACUCUUCGUGAUGAGCUCUUUUAUCGUGUCAUUCCGCCAGAUCAAAGUUUCACAGAAAAUUACGCAGGAAUAUUCCACUUCCAAUUUUGGCAUUAUGGUAAUUGGAUAGAUGUUGUUAUUGAUGAUCGCUUGCCUACAUCUGAUGGAAAACUUUUGUACAUGCAUUCUCGAGAACUAAACUCAUUUUGGAGCGCUUUGAUGGAAAAAGCGUAUGCAAAAUUAUAUGGUAAUUAUGAAGCGUUACGAGGUGGUACGACAUCAGAAGCUUUGGAAGAUAUGACCGGAGGUUUAACAGAGUUCAUUUCUUUAAACGAAUCGCCACCAAAUAUGUUGCAAAUGAUGUUCCGAGCAUUUGAGAUGGGUUCAUUAUUUGGUUGCAGUAUUGAGGCCUCACCAAUGGAAUUUGAAAUGCGUACAAAUGAAGGAUUAGUAAAAGGCCAUGCGUAUAGUAUUACAGGCAUGAGAAUGGUUGACACACCAAAUGGUAAAAUACCAUUACUGCGAAUCCGGAAUCCAUGGGGUAAUGAGCAGGAAUGGAAUGGCGAUUGGUCGGAUGAAAGUGAAUUAUGGGGUUAUGUUUCCGAUCAGCAAAAAAGAGAUAUGAAUCUUGUUUUGGCGCACGAUGGCGAAUUUUGGAUGUCAUUUAAUGACUUUAAUCGGUAUUUUGAUAAACUAGAAAUUUGUAAUUUGGGACCUGAUGUAAUGGACGAUGUGCGAGAAAUGACAGGUGUAUCCAUGGGAGAUGCGGGAUAUCAACGCUGGAAUACGCGAAAUCAUCUUGGAGCCUGGAUUGGUAAAAGUGCUGGUGGAUGCCGAAAUUACCUUAACUCUUUUGUCAACAACUACCAGUAUGCUAUGACGUUAUCGGAUCCAAACCCUGAAGAUGAAGACGGUCUUUGCACAGUAAUCAUUGCUGUGCUACAAAAAAAUCGUCGAGAAUUGAAAUCCAGAGGAUUUGACAACCUUGCCAUUGGUUUUGCUGUUUACGAGGUGAAUAAUAUUUUUGGUCCCUUGGAUCAUAAUUUCUUCAUGUCGACUAAAUCAUGUGCAAGGAGUACAGCGUUCAUCAAUCUUCGUGAAGUAUCAGGUAGAUUUCGUCUACAACCUGGGCAUUAUGUUAUUAUUCCAAGUACUUUUGAACCAGGUGAAGAAGGUGAAUACAUACUUCGAAUAUUUACCAAUGUAACUAUCGAAUCUAAACAAAUUGGCUAG